GUUUAAUCAGCAUUAGAGCUUCUUAAAGUGAGAAUAAUGUGAAAAACAAAAAACAAAACAAACGAGCUUCAGUCCACAGUAGCAGCUUCCGCCAACUGCAGAUGCAGACCACUUCGAACCGCGAUCCGGCGGGUCAACCGACCGCGGGCCAGGGACCCGCUUUCAGAAUCGGGCAGAGGGUCCAUUUUUGCGGGCAACCCAGGAGAAUCGGGACGGUCAAGUACAUGGGCCCCGUGGAGGGCUUCUCCGGUGAUUGGGUGGGCGUCGAUUGGGAUGCCGACGGCGAUGGCAAGCACGAUGGGUCCCACAAUGGCGCCAGGUACUUCACGGCCAGGGGUCCCAAGACGGCGUCUUUCGUGCGGGCCCACAAUCUGAGCGCAGGGGUGUCGCUGUUGGAAGCACUAGAAACUCGCUAUCGAGGUGCCUCUACUAAGGAAGAGGAAGAGGAGAUGUAUGUCCUUUCUGCAACAAACAAGAGAGUGUCAAUCGAGCUUCUUGGGAAAAACAAAGUUGAAGAGAAAAUGAGUCGACUUGAGGAGUUGACGAGUGCAUCGUUGUCUUAUUUGGGAGUCAGUAAUCCUGGGAACCCUGAACUCAUCAGUUCAACUCUACCAAAUAUUAAGGAGCUCGACUUGACUGGAAACCUACUAGAUAACUGGGAAGAUAUUGGUGUUUUGUGCAAAGGAUUGCUUGCUCUCACAACUCUCAAUCUGUCCAAUAAUUACUUGUCACCCGAUAUUAUUAAUGUCUCCCAGUUUGGCAAUAUUCGCGUUCUAGUCCUGAACCAAACAGGGGUUGAGGUUCUUAAAGAUUCACUCCCACAUGUUGAAGAGCUGCAUCUGAUGGGAAAUGAAUUAAAGGAAAUAACGGUCAGCAACACCUAUGACUCUGCAGUUGUUGCUUUUCUUCCAUUAUCUUCAGGGGUUGUCCAAGGAUUUAAUUCUCUAAAACUUCUUAACUUGGAAAACAACUCUAUAUCUGAUUGGAAUGAAAUCAUCAAACUCUCUCACUUACCCAGCCUCGAGCAGCUUUUCCUGAACAACAAUAACAUAAAUCGUAUCUGGUAUUCUGAUUGUGGUGAAUUGGGUGAGCCAAACAGUGGGUGUGAAUCUCAUGAUAAAAGUUUCAAGCCUUUCAACAAUUUGUGCAGCCUUUCUUUGGGGGGAAACAGCAUUGAAGACCUGGAAUCUGUUGAUUCACUUAACUCCUUUCCAAACUUGAUAGAAACUAGAUUGUCCGGAAAUCCUGUGACAGAUCUGGGGAAAGGGGGUGUUCCUAGAUUUGUCUUUGUUGCUCGUUUAGCAUAUAUUAUGAUACUAAAUGGAAGUGAGAUUAGUCCUCGAGAACGGAAAGAUUCUGAAAUCCGCUAUGUUCGCUUGGUAAUGUCAAAGGUUAAUGGCAGUCCAGAGGAAAUUAGCAAGCUCCAUCCAAGGUUUGCUGAGCUUAAAAAGACCCAUGGACUUGAAGAUGAAAGACCUUCGAUAGGGGGAUCGGGUGCUCAAAACAGAGCUUCCGGAUUAAUUUCUAUAACCUUGAAAUGUGUUGGGGCAUCAAUGGGUGAAAAGUCCCCAGUGGUGAAAAAGCUACCAGCAACCACAACGUUAAAGUCCAUCAAGCCAAUAUUGUAUCUCCAAGAAGAGUGUUCCCCUUUACCUACAUUGCUUGAGGAUGAUGCGGCUUCUCUUAAUGAACUAGGGGUGGGGAAUGAAUCCACCAUCCUUGUAGAUGAGCAAUCUUGAUGUUUUGACUAUUGUCAAGGAUUCAUGUUUGCUUGUCUUCUCAAGGUGAUAAUAUUUGUCACGUUUUGUAAGGUCAAAAAUGGAGGAUUACACUGCGGUGCAGGCCGUGAACUGGAUACCAACUUGGCUACGCUUCACUUGAUACUUUUACUUUUUUGUUUUUCUUCAAUUGUUGAUCUAGUAUAUUUGUGUAGUCCAACACUUGACUUGAUAAUUUGACUGUUGUUACUCUUCAAUUGUUGAUGUAGUAUAUUUGAGAAAGUAGUUUUUUAUGAACGGGAUAGAUCCAAAGUCAGUAUUGUGCCAUUUGUGCUUUUUGGAAUUUUGCAAGUCAAUUAGUCUUUUUCUGUGAAAAGAUCAGAAUUGAACGGUAUAUUGUAUAUAAUAACCUACUGUAUUCUUUUG